AUGUCCGCUGUUUCGUUAAUUCUUUUCACGCUCCUGCUUGUGGCCACGGCCGCUACAGAUGACAACAGCCGAAUACAGCUGAACGAGGGUCGCAUCAUAGGCGGCAAAGAGGCAUCGAUUGUACGUCAUCCGCAUCAAGUUUCGUUGCGACACAGAACUUGUGUCGAGUGCGCCUACGUGCACGAAUGUGGCGGUAGCAUACUGAACGAGGACACCAUACUGACGGCGGCGCAUUGUGUUUUGAAUCGCGAUGUGCGUAAUUUUACGGUGAUCGCUGGCACCGACAAACGCGCCAGUUGUGAUGGCAUAGUGGCGCGCGUGGACAAACUGCUCAUGCACGAACUUUACAAUGCCUCUACAACGGAUAAUGAUGUGGCAUUGCUUUUUCUCUCCACACCGCUGACAAUCGACAAUUUAUUUAUUGCAUCUGCUGCACUGGCAAUGACUGCACCAGCAGUUGGCGCAAAGGCCACCAUCACUGGUUGGGGUACAGUUGAAGAGGGUGGUGUGGCUGCGAGCAAAUUGCAAGAAGUCAAUGUUUUCGUGCUGGACCAAAAAUACUGCAGUUUGGCCUAUGGGGGCCGCUUUACGGGCGCUAUGCUGUGUGCGGGUGUGGUUAAUGGUGGCAAGGAUGCUUGUCAGAGGGAUUCAGGUGGUCCGCUAUUGGUGGAACGCCAACUGGCCGGUAUCAUUUCUUGGGGCAUUGGUUGUGCACGUCCGCAGUACCCCGGUGUCUAUGUGAAUGUGUCGCAUGUGCGUCGGUGGAUCGAGUCAAAUGUCGCUGCCAAUUCAUUGUACAAAUUGAAAUGA